UCAGGCAAACGAUACAGCCCUUCCCUCUUCAAUCCUCUCGUCAUUUCCUCUCGCUUCUGCUCAGCUGCAACCCAGCGCUUAGAUCUUAUUCUUGGACGAGAACUCUCCUCAAGCUCUCCGAUUUCUGUUCUCGCGCCGCUUAGCAAUUCAACCCCGAAAUUCUUUUGCGGCGCAGUCUUCACCUGAAUCUUGGGUCGUAGCCAAGAAGAUGAACAAAGACAAAGCUCCGAUGCCGGGAGACGGCGGCCCCAGCGACGGCUUGCCGCCGCAGUCCACGCGCCGUGCCGGGGCGCCGCCCUCGUCGUCUACCCCGCCGCUGGAGUGCGACAUCAGCCGCAUGCCGGACUUCCCUACCCGGAGCACCGGCCACCGGCGUGCGCACUCCGAGAUCCUGGGCCUACCCGACGACCUCGACCUCAGUGCUCCCGGAGGCGGCGAAGGACCGUCGCUGUCGGACGAGAACGAUGAGGAGCUCUUCUCCAUGUUCCUUGACGUCGACAAGCUGAACUCAUCGUGCGGGGCGUCGUCGGAGGCCGAGGCUGAGUCCUCCUCGGCCGCGGGUGGCGGCGGUGAGGGGGCUGAGCUGGCCGACGCGCCCAGGCCAAGGCAUCAGCACAGCCAGUCCAUGGAUGGGUCCAUGUCGAUCAAGGCGGAACAGCUGGUGGGUGCGCCGGGGAUGGAGGGGAUGUCAUCUGCAGAGGCCAAGAAAGCAGUGUCUGCGGCGAAACUGGCUGAGCUUGCUCUUGUUGACCCAAAGAGGGCUAAAAGGAUUUGGGCUAAUAGACAAUCUGCUGCAAGAUCAAAGGAAAGGAAGAUGCAAUAUAUUGGCGAACUCGAGCUCAAGGUGCAAACCCUGCAAACAGAAGCCACAACAUUGUCAGCUCAGCUAGCAUUGCUGCAGAGAGACACCACUGGGCUAACAACCGAGAAUAGUGAGCUGAAGAUUCGCCUGCAGACCAUGGAACAACAAGUCCACUUACAAGAUGCUUUGAAUGACACCCUGAAAACAGAGGUCCAGCGGCUGAAGGUGGCAACAGGACAGGUGGGCAAUGGUGGUGGAGGGAUGAUGCUGAACUUUGGGGCCAUGCCACGCCUGGUCGGAGGCAACCAGCAGAUGUUCCACAGCAGCCAAGCGAUGCAAUCCGUGCUGGCGACGCACCAGCUGCAGCAGCUCCAGCUCCACUCCCAGCCUCAGCAGCAGCAACUGCACUCGCUGCAGCUCCAGCAGGUGGCGAGAGACCUCAAGAUGAAAGGGCAUCUGGGCGGCCAAGGCCAGUGGGGCGAUGGGAAGUCUGGGAGUGGGAGCAGGAGCAGCGGCAGCUGAGCCUACUGGCACCGUGGCACGGGAGUUUUGGUGUAUGUGGUGAGCAGGAAUGGUGAUCCCUUGUUUUGGGGGAUGUUGCUGUGCAGGUGUAAUUAUCGUUAACUCAGUUGUCUAUCUAUAGGCCCAGUUCAGCUUGAGUUUUAUGGUUAACUCGGCGAUCUUUAUAGGCUCAGCUCACCUGCAACGCACUUCAGUUCAGAAACUCGGAUGGUGGCAGAUGUUUGUCUGUUGGAUGUUGUUUGUAUCUCUUUUGCUAGUUUAAGGGUAAAAAUGGUUGGCAUUUCAGUGUUUCA